CCUUCACUGCGGUUACAUAAGCCAAUAAGUCCGCGGUGUGGGACUCGAUCACUUUCCCACUCAGCGUGGCUCCUCCUGACACUCACGCACUCAUCACACUCUCACUCUGUGGAUCUGUCACACACAUUCUUUUGCUUGUGACCAAGAGAACUGCACUUGAUCUGGACAACAAGAAACUUUACCACCAUCUUUUUUGUUUCUUUUCUUUUUUCUUUUUAAAUAUAUUUUUUUCUUUUUUAAACAUUUUUAAUGGUACAAUGUCGUCUCUGCCAGGAACGGUACCGCGGAUGAUGCGCCCGGCUCCCGGACAGAACUAUCCACGCACCGGAUUCCCUUUGGAAGUGUCCACGCCUCUGGGCCAAGGACGCGUCAACCAGCUCGGAGGAGUCUUCAUCAACGGCCGCCCGCUGCCCAACCACAUCCGACAUAAGAUCGUGGAAAUGGCGCACCACGGGAUCCGGCCCUGCGUCAUCUCCCGCCAGCUGCGGGUCUCCCACGGCUGCGUGUCCAAGAUCCUGUGCCGGUACCAGGAGACCGGCUCCAUCCGACCCGGAGCCAUAGGAGGCAGCAAACCCAGGCAGGUGGCCACGCCGGACGUGGAGAAGCGGAUAGAGGAGUAUAAGCGGGAGAAUCCCGGCAUGUUCAGCUGGGAGAUCCGGGACAAGCUGCUGAAGGACGGUGUGUGCGACAGAAGCACAGUCCCUUCAGGUGAGGCCUCUCCUGUGAGUUCGAUCAGUCGUGUUCUUCGAGCUCGGUUCGGGAAAAAGGACGAUGAUGAUGAGUGUGACAAAAAGGAUGAAGACGGAGAGAAGAAAACCAAACACAGCAUCGACGGAAUCCUGGGCGACAAAGGCAGUCGGAUGGAUGAGGUGUCAGACGUGGAGUCGGAGCCCGACCUUCCUCUGAAGAGGAAACAGCGCAGGAGUCGGACCACGUUCACGGCCGAGCAGCUGGAGGAGCUGGAGAAGGCGUUUGAGAGAACUCACUACCCCGACAUCUACACCAGAGAGGAGCUCGCUCAGAGGACCAAACUGACCGAGGCCCGGGUCCAGGUGUGGUUCAGCAAUCGAAGGGCCAGGUGGAGAAAACAAGCAGGAGCCAAUCAGCUCGCAGCGUUCAACCACCUGUUGCCGGGCGGAUUUCCUCCCACAGGGAUGCCAACACUUCCUACGUACCAGCUGCCCGACUCCAGCUACCAAACCAACACUCUGUCCCAAGAUGGUGUCGGCACAGUUCACCGUCCUCAGCCUUUACCUCCGUCCACCAUGCACCAGAGCAGUCUGUCCAGCACGGACAGCGGCGCCGCCUACGGUCUGACCUCCAACCGCCAUGGCUUCUCCAGCUACUCUGACACUUUCAUGAGCUCCGCAGCGCCGAGCAACCACGUCAACCCGGUCAGCAAUGGACUCGCCCCACAGGUGAUGAGCAUCCUCAGUAAUCCAGGCGGCGUUCCCUCACAGCCACAGCACGACUUCUCCAUCUCGCCACUCCACGGCGCCCUGGACUCUUCUCCGUCCAACCUCGUCUCCACCAGCUGCAGCCAGCGUUCGGCCGAGGCCGCCAUCAAGACGGUGGACAGCCUCCCGUCGUCUCAGUCUUACUGCCCGCCCACCUACAGCUCCACCAGCUACAGCAUGGACUCAGCUGUGGCGGCUGCUGGAUACCAGUACAGUCAAUACGGCCAGACUGCUGUGGAUUACCUGGCCAAGAACGUGGGUCUGUCCAGUCAGCGCAGGAUGAAGCUGGCCGACCACUCAGCCGUACUGGGACUACUGCAGGUGGAGACGGGUCAGGCCUACUAGUUCUCACCUCACCACAUUUAAAACAACAAGACACCUGGUCACCAGCAGAACCUGCACCUCUUAUUAUCAUCAUCCAUACAGAUCUGUGAACGCGUGUGUGUGUGUGUGUGUGCCUCUCAUAAGUUCAUAUACAGGGCUGAUAUAAUUGUUUUCCCAGAAUGAUUUCAUGAUACAGCGGACCAACCUUUAAAUCAUUCCCAGUUGGACUAAACCAAUCCAUAACAGGAAUUUCCACUGUUAAUAAUAUAGCAGUAUAUCAACAGUAUAUCACCAAAUAUGUGAUAUGUUGUUUCCAUGUUAGGAUGACACUAUGUGGGCCACAACAUUGUUAAAGGGCCAUUUUGUAACAUUUAGCAGGGUUUAUAGUCAGACAUGGAAUUUCUGAUAAAUAUUGUAAUGGUCACUGACACAGGAUUAAGUUUUAAACCCACAAACACGAGCAGAAUACAACUAAACUAACGAGGGUUUAUUCAAACUAAGACUCGGAUCAAUCUGAUCAACCAACCGAGGUCAAGUCUGGCUUGGAUCGAGUGUCAGAAAUGAAUAGAAAUGUUACUUUUGAGGUGUGUUUAGUAAUUAUAUGGCAUUGAUUCUGCCUCAUGAAACAAGAAAGUAGACGACUUGUUACACGUUACACACUAUUUGAUUUUUUUUGGAAAUAACAAGAAAUACAAAGGAAUCAUUUUGAUGUUCUUCUUUUUGGAACCGUUGAACAUUUUAAAAAAUCACAUACUUAAGGAAAGGCAUAAAUAAAGCAUUUUAAAAAAACUUUUUAACUUAAAGUCCUCUGGCCCAAACACUGUAUUUUUCAAUUUAUUGAUUUGAAAUGAUCAAUUUAACUCAUAGUAACUAUCCACACAAAAUAUUGUCAGCUUUAAGAAAGAAUCAGCCUUCAGAAACCUGUGUGUGUGUGUGUGUGUGCGUGUGCGUGUGCGUACGUGACAUGGACAAAUUCAGACAUUCCUGGAGAGACGUCUUUUGUCGGGACGCCACCGUCUCUCUCAUCUGCAGGAUUUCUGUCAGAAGUCGCAGUUCAAACAUUCACCGAUGAUCACGUCUCCAUGCAGCUCGAUACCAACCAUUACAGAUUCUUUUCUUAAUUUAAUUUCUUUUGAUUGUUGUUUAUUUAAUGUUUACUCUUUGCUUAUGAAUGACGACCAUGAGUGGAUGUCACCAUGACAACCAACGCCAACAACUGCCGUGAAUCAGAAAUGGAUUCUGAUCUUACAGAAUCUUUCACUUUUGCCUUCAUAAUUCACUCUUUCACCCACGUUCAUGUGAGUAAACAUAAUGCUGUGUGACUCAAAUAUUAUGUUCAUAUUGAACACUAACAUCUAGAGUGCAGUUGGUCGUGGAUGUUUACAGACGAUAAUCUUUGCUUUGUGUCUAUUUUUUGAAUUUUUUGAAUCUUUAUUUUCUCCUCAGCUCACUGGUAGUUUGUUAAAAGACAAAAUUUGUAUUGUUUAAUAAAAAUGAUGUGAUUGUAUCAAUGAAUGAAGAUACCAUAAAUUCUCAAAUAAAAGUAUUUACAGUAGCAGGCCAUAAUUUCUAAUUUCCUCAAAAGAAUAUUUAUUAAUUCAGCCCUUUUAUUUUAAUUUGUCUUAAAUUACUGUUAAUGCAAAUUUCCCAGCUUCUCUUACUGCAAAUAAUCCCAAUCUACUUUUUAUUCCAUAAUUUUAAAACAGGAAUUAGUUUAAUAUUAUUAUAAUGUACUUUCACUUUCCUUCUCUGUUUUGAUGUGAAAGCUGUGAAGUAAAUGUUAAACUUAUUUCAAGUAUAAUGUAAGAAAAACAAUAUUGUAGAAACAAAUCAAGAAGUAAAUCCUAAUUUAGAAAUAAUGUCUUAUUUAAAUCAUUGUUUGUCUUAACAAUUGAAGUUUCCUGAUGUUUUCCUGAUGUUUGAAUAUUUGAGAAUUUAUGGUAUAAAUAAAUCUAAUCCAUAAUGAAUUUGUAAUAAACAAAUUACCGGUUCAUGUCAUGUUAGGAUUAAAAAUGAUGAGGCUGUUUUCAAAUGAGUCCAAGACACAAACUUUAUUAAUUCCAAUAAGAGAUUCCUCAUUAUUCCAAAUCCUUAUCGUCAACAUUAUCUAGAAUCCUUAUCGAGGAUCAUUCCAAUCAUAAAAAUACAUGAACAAUCACAUUUCUUUCUUUCUUUCUUUCUUUCUUUCUUUCAGUAUCUAAUAUCAUUCCAGACAGAUGCUCAGUGUUUCAUUAUGGGCUAAUAUCAAGUCAAUGCCAUGUGAUUAACGCUCCCACAGGAGGCUGCUCUCUGUCCGCGUCUCCACCAGAACCAUGAAAAACGUUGAAACGCUGACUGUGGGAAUAUUCUACCUUCUGUGUACAUAAUAUUUUUUCAAACCAAGGAGAACAUUAAGGAUCAAAUGUACAGAAAUGCUUAUUUACACCCCCCACUCCUCCCGUUUACCUCUUGGUCCUUACUCUCCUUGUUUACUUCUGUUUUUCUGUUUUGGCAUGUGUGUUAUAUAAUUUAUUCUACCUGUAUGACGUAAUAGACUAGAAAAAAAAAAGAAUAAUGUACUGGCAUUUACUCCUUGGUGUGUCAGCUGUAACACUGGUGUACCUGUCUGUUCAUUAAAGCUCUACAUCUGGACCAAGA